GGUGCGCACCCCAGCUGCGUGGCGCGAUCGAUCUGUGGACCACUCUCCACUCCGCCACUACACGACACAUUGUCUGUCAAAGCGGCUCCAGCUUCAAACGUCCCGACACCGUCCCGGACAUUUAAGAACAGUGUUUUUAAUCAGUGUUAUGUGUUAAUUUUUAUUUUUUUGAACCAUGGAGGGGCGGAGGUCUUGGGAUGGCGUGCCUCUGGGCGAGUCGCACUCUCCACCACAGUCCGUGCCGGGCCGGAGGACGCCGCUGGGAGCCGUCGGCCUGGGCGGCUUCUACAUGCAAGGUGGCCAGCCUCCGCCGCCUCCGCAGCACUGCUACCCGGCCGACGAGAACCAGCCAGAACCAGGGACCAGCUACGGACAAAGACCUAUCAACGAGUCGAAAUCAAAACAGAAGAUGCGUCAAGGCAAGAAUGUACGACUGAACAUAAAUGCGAGGGAACGACGUCGCAUGCACGAUCUUAAUGAUGCAUUGGACGAGUUACGCGGAGUGAUACCAUAUGCCCACUCGCCUUCGGUUCGCAAACUGUCCAAAAUUGCGACGUUAUUGCUCGCCAAGAACUACAUCCUGAUGCAGGCCAGCGCCUUGGAGGAACUCAGAAGGUUGGUAGCAUAUCUCCAAAGCACAGCCACCGCAGCUGGCAUAGUCCCACCUCCCGGCUUCGACCUGACUGGGUUCCCAGCUGCCGCGAAACUGCUGCAAGGCCCCAUUCCUGGCCCACCUCCGCCCCCCGAGCCGCCAUCUUGAGAAUCAACCGUCAAAUUAGAACCCUAAACAUUUAGGGUGAUAGAAUGAAGCCAGUCCAUACGAUAUAGAUACGAGAAUUGGAUUUUAGUAAAUGUCCCAAAUAUUAUCUUCCAAAUUUAAAUUCCCUGUAUGGUAUGGAUUGUGCGCUACAUUCU